AUGAACCUGAAAGCCCGUGAGGAUGCCUUGGACCAUGUGGAAUCUCUCAUCCUACAGCUUCUGAUGAUGCUCUCUGGAAAGCCAAUGCCUCACACUGUACAGGAGGUCUUUCAGCACAAGAUUGAUUUUCAAGUUUCGCUGUACAUCGUGGCCGUGCUGGAGUAUAUCGCUGCCGACAUAUUGAAUCUGGUCGGCAAGUACAAGAAGAACAUCCACCAUGUGGAGCACCACGCCAUCACGCCGCAGGACAUCAAGACGGCCAUCUCGGCCGACCAGGUGCUCAUGGACAUGUUCGAGCAGGACGACGACGUGGCGACGUUCCCGGGCCUGGACGACGAGCCGGCCGCCAGCACGGCCGUCACCUUCGACGAGGCCGUCAAGGAGAUAAUCGUGGAGGAGAAGCAGUACCUGCGCGACCUCAACCUCAUCAUCAAGGUGUUCAAGGCGCAGAUCGAGAAGUUCGAGCAGACCACGGCCAAGGACGUGGAGAUCAUAUUCAGUAACCUGCUGGACGUGUACGAGUGCACGGCCACAGAGUCCGAGUUUGACGUGUACGAGAAGUACACGACCGACGUGCUGAAGCCGCAGUGUCGGGACCAGCUGGCCGCGCUGCUGGAGCGGCCGGAGAUCUUCAACAGCCUCGGCACGGCUGGCCACGGCUUCCGCGAGGCCGUCAAAUACGUGCUGCCCAAGCUGCUCCUCCUGCCCGUGGCGCACGUGCUCAAGUACUUUGACAAUAUUAAGAUGCUGUGCCACCUGUCCGAGUCGGAGGAGGACCGCGAGGUGCUGGAGCAGGUGCAGGGCAUGCUGAAGACGCUGCAGACACAGCUGGAGCGGGUGGUCUCCAACAGCGGCAUCACCGUGCUUCCCAAACGAAAGCCCGGGGACCCGCCCGCCCGCAACAACCGCUCGGUGCGCCAGGCCAACAUCCAGAAGAUGAACGAAGUGCAGCGCUGCAUGGACGGCUGGGAGGGGAAGGACAUCAGCCAGUGCGGCUGCAGCGAGUUCGUCAAAGAGGGCGUGCUGGGCAAGCUGGGCGGCGGCCGCAAGCUGACCGAGCGGCACGUGUUCCUGUUCGACGGCCUGAUCGUGCUCUGCAAGCCCAACAGUCGGCGCUCGUCGGUGACGGGGCCUGUGGCCGAGUUCCGGCUCAAGGAGAAGUUCCAGAUCCGCAAGAUUGAGAUCAAGGACCGCGAGGACGGCGACGACCUGCGGUUCGCGUUCGAGAUCGCGCCCCGCGAGCAAAGCAGCAUCAUCCUGUUCGCCAAGACGGCGCAGGAUAAGAACGAGUGGAUGGCGAGCCUCAUCAUGCUCAACACGAAAAGCAUGCUGGACCGCUCGCUGGACAUGCUGCUGCUGGACGAGGAGAAGAAGAACCCGCUGCGCCGUCCCGACCCGGAGCAGUACCGGUUCGCCGAGCCGGACAGCCCCGACAACAUCGUGCUGGAGCAGCCAGAGGCGGCCGGCGUGCCUCUCAUUAAGCUGACGGAGCGGCUCACGUACCACAUGUACGCCGACCCCAUGUUCGUCAGGACCUUCCUCACCACAUUCCGCAGCUUCUGCACCGCCCAGGCCGUGAAGGCCACGCUGCGCGACGACAUCAAGCGCUUUCGCAAGGAGUACAGCCAGCCGGUCAAGUUCAGGGUGCUGAACGUGCUCCGCCACUGGGUGGACCACCACUUCUACGACUUCGAGCGGGACCAGCAGCUGCUGCAGCGUCUGGAGGCGUUCCUUCUCGAGAUCAAGGGCAAGGUGAUGCGGAAGUGGGCCGACAGCAUCCUGAAGAUCAUUCACCGCAAGCGGCUGAAUCGGGAGGAGCUCAAGCCGGAGGUGGUGUUCGGCGUUGAUCGCUCGCCGCCGCCCACCGAGUGGCACCUCUUCAAGAGCGAGGACGACUGGAAAAAUCCGUCGGAGGACCUGGUGAAGCCGCUGCUCAUGCUGCACCCGAUCGAGGUGGCCCGCCAGCUGACCUUGCUCGAGUUCGACCUGUACCGGGCCGUCAAGCCGGCAGAGCUGGUCGGCUCCGUCUGGACCAAGGAGAACAAGCAGCAGGCGUCACCCAACCUGCUGCGCAUGAUCCACCACAACACAAACGUGACCCGCUGGCUGGAGAAGUGCGUGGUCGACACGGAGAACAUGGACGAGCGGCGCGCCGUGGUGUCGCGCGUCAUCGAGAUCAUGAUGGUGCUGCAGGAGCUCAACAACUUCAGCGGCGUGCUGGAGGUGGUGGCCGCGCUGGAUAGCGCCGCCGUCCACCGGCUCAUCCUCACCUUCGAGGAGAUCGUGCCCAAGCUGGACCGGGCGCUGGAGGAGGCGCGCGAGCUCUGUAACGACCACUACAAGCGGUACCAGGAGAAGCUGCGCUCCAUCAACCCGCCCUGCGUGCCGUUCUUCGGCAUGUACCUGACCAACAUCCUGCACAUCGACGAGGGCAACCCGGACUUCCUGCCCAAGUCGGACCGGCUGAUCAACUUCAGCAAGCGGCGGAAGGUGGCCGAGAUCACGGGCGAGAUCCAGCAGUACCAGAACCAGCCGUACUGCCUGCGGCCCGUGCCCAAAAUCAGGAGCUUCCUGGAGAACCUGCGGCCGUUCGAGGAGGGCAAGGAGACGGAGGACAUCAACAACUACCUGUACACGCGCUCGCUGUACAUCGAGCCGCGCGGAUGCCGCGUGCCGCCCAAGUUUCCGCGCCAGUGGGACGGCAUGUCGCUGCGCUCGCCGGGCAUCAAGCCGCGCCGCUCCAACGUGCCGCACCCGCUGCCGGCCAUGCGGCUGUCGUCGUCGAUGCGCAUCGCCGAGGAGGCCGACUCGGACACGCCGCGCGUGCUCACGCCGCCGACGCCGUCGACGCCGUGCUCGCCGCCGCACACGGCCAACAGCGACCACAGCGUGUUCGCCAACGUCAUCGUGGGCGUCGCCAGCAACGGCUCCGCACAACUGCCCGUGAUGAGCCAGCACCGCGCGUGA